UGACAGUGUCCAGAUGUGAUAAAUGAAAUCAAAUUGGGAUUUGAUUUUAUUGUGAUUUCACCUUAACACAUCACUAAAUCAUUCCAAUCAUAUCUAUGGGUGGACGGAAUAACAGGAAUGUGUGUACAAGAUAAUAAAAACCAGUAUCAGCAUAAACAACAAACAAACCUUUAACAUUACCACAGGGUCAAAUCAACACUUCUUUGACACUUUUGCUGCACUCGCAACAAUUUGACUUGUUAAACAAAGGUUGUACUUGGCAGUAGUAUUGGGUUGUUUGGGUUCUUGUAUUCAUGUCCAUUUCUUGUAUGGCUGCUGAUACUUUCAUACGACAUUAAUAUAAAAGCCUUCACUGUGUAAGCCUGGGUACAAAAUGUUUUUUAAUUAAUGUAUGUAUCCCUAUAUAUUCAUCCUCAUGGUGGAAUAAAGGGGUGUAAUGGUACAGAAAAGUCAUGGUUUAGGAUUCAUGGUUUAUUGCAAGUUUGUUACAGUGAGAAAAUGCAGAGUAAGCGUUUAGCUAGCUAUGAAGUGUAAGCUUAAAAGAGAGGCAGUUAAGGGUAGGGUUAGGGUAAGUGUUACAUCUUAUAAGGUGAAUCAUGUCUUUAUGCAAAAUGAAUAAAGUAAAUGCAUAAAGUGGAUUAUUGCUACGUUUGGCCUCAUAUGUAUUCACUACAAUGUUGCAUCAUUGCAGGGUUCAAAUACUUUUGCGUUGAUGGGUUUGUCUUGUACUGGUGGUGGGCGCGGCUUGUAGGGGUGUGUCAUGUUGCUGCAGCUAUACAUGUCUCCACCAAUGUGCUUGUUGCGCUAACCUCAUAUGUUGCUAACAGCGCAUGGUUAAAAGUCUCUGGACUGAACUCAUGUUUGUGAACUUGUGGUUCCACAUUACAUGCAUCCAUCAACAUCCCGUGUGCUCUGCAUGCAGCGGAUGUUGAUGGUUUGGUACAAAUACGCAAAUUGUUACAGCCCUAGCAGAUUGUGAUGAAACACUAAAAAUUACACACUAGAUAUGAUCUGUAUUGAGAAAUACUGACUGGGUGUGUCACAUUGCACCAGUGCUGGUUCACCAUGUCAGUGUCAUCAAACCUAUAAUUUUUGUCAAAAAUAUAUUCAAAUUCAAGUUUCAAGGCUGGUCUGUCAAUUUUCACAACAUACCAACAGCAAAAAAGUGGAACAGCUUCACAAGCAUUACCCUAGACUAGGGACACUCAACUUGCAUUGUUUAGGGGCCACUUUUGGAAAAUGGCAGCAGACCAGGGAUCAGUUAAUGAACAAACAGUCAUGAUGUUUCUAAGUAUAUGUAAUAGAUAAAUUGCCUAUUUUCAACCAAUUGAUGUCGCUGUCCUCACUCAUCUUUGCCAAUAGGCAAAUCCAUUCGCAGCAGCCCUGCACAGGGCAGGUAUACACAGGGGUGUUUCUAGGAUUUGAGGACAUUCAGGGCUCAGUCCAGACCCUUUUUUUCCUUUUAUUAACAAGCUCUAUUUUGAUUUUUUUUUUUUUUUAAUGUACUCUGGCACCUUAUUUACAUUCAAAGUAGGCCACCCGGCGCCCUGUUAUCACUGUAUCACUGCUCUAGAGGCUCUGAUAUCUUUGCUGCAGAUUAAAUUAGUUUUUUUCAUUAUGUAACUUUAACACAUCAUCUUGUUAUUAUUUUUGGACAUUUAAUAGAAUAAAUAAUGAAUAAAUUAACUGUUCAAAUAAUUACUACAUAUGUUGCAAAAGCAACAACAGUGGAGGUGGCAACUGCAGAGUUAGCAUGAGCCAUUGAGUCACAACAGCCACAUUAAUGUUGAAAAUGCCAAGGUGAAAUAUUUCUUCGGAAGUUCGGGGCAUCCUUUAAAGAAUAUGGCCCACAGAAUUGUUGCUCCUGUGCAGCUGGUUGUUUAGUUGUGGUCAUGUGCACUGAUGUCCUCCAGAGGGCAGCAGGUGUCUCUAGAAGGUUAGUCAGCAGUCUGUUAGCACUCUCAGGUCCAAAGAGGAGUAUUAACAGCUCCCCUUGCUCCUUUCUUUUCUUUACUACUAUUAAAAUGGCUGUAGGAAUAGUGUUAUAUAGUGAUAUGUAUAGCAUUAGUCCUACAGUCACCAUGAAUGAGGGAGUGUACAGUCUGUGCUCACAGGCAGACAAGGACCCAGAAGGAUCCAGACACACAGCAAUGGCAAUGACCAGCUCUGAGAAGAUUCACAACAAACUGGAGGCACAAUAUUAUCUCCCUACAAACCUGUCCAUUGUAUGUGUCUAGAGCGUACAUCCAUGUUAAACCAGAUGUACAUUUAGAUGCUCCAUCAAGCAGCUCUCAACCUGUUAUGUCCAUAACUCAAUCACGUUAAUUUGAUUUUGAAGACAUGAACUUCAGUUCAGCAGCAGCCAUCUGUGGCUCACCUCAGAUCAAUAUGGCGUUUGAUUGUAUUAGCUGGAAAAACACUGCCUGGCUCACUCUGGUUCACUUCACUGUCCUGCAGAGCACAAAGCUUCUGGAUGGACUACUCCACCCUUUACCUCUUUGUUCUUAGUGUCUUCUUUGACAUCAAGCAUCAGGCUCGUCAACAUUGAAUUAUUUUCAUCAUUGCCAUUAUCACACUCUACUUCAAGGACAAAGCAUUCUUUUUGGUCUUCCUCGUCCUUUUUUUAUGUCUGCAUCAGAUACUUCUGACUAUAAAUCUUCCUUUUGAAAUAAAUAACAACAGUGAAGGACGACAGGGAAAUGAAAAGUAAACCAAAAUAUGGCAGCAGAGCAUGAAUUAAACAUCCAAACUAACAGACAGAGUAUGUGGCUUUUGCUUUGAUGUGAAACAGUUUUAAAACACCAAAGUGUAUCAAAGAGUUAAUUUAUAUUUAUCCAUAUUGCUGUUUUUCAGCUGCAUCGUCCUUUCCAGUGGCCUUUAAUGCAGCUGGGCUCUUUCUCUCUGAUAUGAUUGUUUCUCAGCCAGGGACUGUUAUCGGACCACACACAUGCAUCUGUGCACACAAGCAAACACUCACACACACACAUAUAGACACACAGUGUUAUCAGCUCAAAGGCAUCAGAUUACCCUACCUUGGCUACAUUAGCACUAAAAGCCUAGCCUCUUAUCUCUAAUUGUUCAUUAGCACUGUGUGUUUGUGUGUGUGUGUGUGUGUGUGUGUGUGUGUGUGUGUGUCGGUGUGUGUGUCGGUGUGUGUGGUCUUAAAACGCUUACAUGGUCAGAGAGCAUGAUGUUAUAAGGCAGUGCUGAUUCUGGGGCAAACUGACUUGAAAAAGGGAAAAUGUUUUUUUUUUGUUUUUUUUUGGAUUGAUUAUGUAAGAUUUUCUUUGAUAUACUUAAAUAUACGUUAUUAAAUCAGUCCUAUCUGUCCCAACCUCCUCAUCACAGCAAUGACAUGCAGAAGCAGCAGUUUCCAAUACCACUCAUGUUCAGUUAUUUGCACACCAUAAACAUGAUUGUAUGUUAAAGGAUCUUACACAAAUUGGUGUUUUUGUAGGAUUUCUCUGCAGCAAAAAUAGUUUUGAUAUAAUCAUUUACUUCCCACUGAUUAAGAUGCAUUUAAAGUAAAUAGAUAUUGAAAUAUGACAAAAAGAUGCACUCAACUCAUGAACCAAAAGCUCUCUCUAGUAUUGUGACCAACACACGUUCAUAUUUAGUAUGUUUUGUAGAAAAUAUAGUGCUAAAUCAUUCUCAACUGCACGUAAACUCUCAUCUGUGUAUGUGUCAUUGUUGUACUCCUAUAAGCUUUCAUGACAAUAAAUAUUUUCAUGUGCUUGUGUUUAAAGAGUAACUCAAAACUCCCUGAAAAUCUUGUUUCUGGCGAUCUCCAAUGGUACUUUUGACCUUUGCUGCAGUAAUUUAGAGUUGUGCUCAAGGCUGUAUCAGUCCACUAUGACAUCACUGUUGGGUGUGGUUACAGGUACAAGUGCACACUUCUGACUACUUUUAACCAUAGAGGGCAGUGAAACAUUGCUUUAAGUAAUUCUUUAAGCAGCUUGAUCCUUCCUGUAUUUUAUCUUGUCUUCCUUGAUCUUUUUUUUUGCUAAGCCUUUAGCUAAAUGUACAUUACAUGCAAAUAAUGCAAAUAAGUUGUCAUUAGUUUCAAAUAUUCAAACAGUGAUGUGUGUUUUAUAUUAUAAAAUGAUAAGUUCUUGUUCAAAGUCAGUGUCGGAGGAGUUUCCUCUUUGAUGAAGUAAGACUAACUUUCAGUGUGAUUAGUAGAGAGUGAUUCUGACACUUUGAUAGGCCUCUAGAGCUUCGCAUAUGUGGUUUGUAGUAGGAUCAGUCCUUUAAGCACUAAAAGGCAUUCCCCAGAGAUACAGUAUGUAAGUCAUGUUCUUUAUGACGAAGUUCAGCAGAAGUUCAAUAGGUUAAUUUUAAGUUGCACUCUUUGUAAUUAUGAGGACACACUGAGUUUGGGUCCCACCCCCCCACCCCCGAAUGCUGCAGUACGUUUGUUACAGCUACCUUUCUCUCCUCUCUCACUGUUUUGACAGAUUUCAGAUUGUUUACCAGAGGGAAGGAGUAGAAGAGAGCAGGGUCUGUCCGCUGCGUCAGGAGUCCCCAGGGUAGAGGAUCGGCCCAGCACCUUGGGCCAGUCUCAGUCGGCCAUGAACAUAACCAGGAUGUCACCCAAGGCUGAACACAAGAAGAGAAGGGCCCCAGCACUACCCGGGGCCCCAACACCCACCAUUGGACACACUAGCUUUGAGGGCUAUCAGAUGGGCCUUGGCUCAGAAAGCCAGCAGAGGAAAAGGAAGGCUCCAGCCCCUCCACCUACUCCAGAUUCCAUCACUGCAGGCUCUGACCACACGUCAAUCUCUGCCGCUCCCACCCCUGACAUCCACGCUACUGAAAUACCUACCCCAGCCUCCCGCAGCAAGGUGGCACCAUCAAAUACCGUCCCUGCUACGAUUGUGGUAAUGGAAACAGUAAAACCAGUCCCGUUAAAAACAGCAGUACAACCUGCACCUGUGAGCACUGCCACCCCAACCCCCAGCUCCCCAACCCCAAGCAGCAGCACCACCGACAGCAUGGCUGUCCAGGAUUCCAGCUCUGAUCUCAGCCAUGGCCUCGACGACUCAGACGCUGACCAAGACCAGGCCGUGUCCUACUGCAGCACCCUCACCAGCAGCACAGCUAGUGGGUCUGUGCAGGUUCAGGCUGCUACGAAAAGCAGCAGGGUGGAGGAAUCGGAAAAGGCUAGCAGCACGGCUGCCACAUCAAAUCAAGAGGUGACCUCGGCCGGCAGCUCCAGGUCGGAGACUGAGUCGGCCCUAAAUCUGAAACUGGAUGAAGUUGAGAACAACAGACACAGCGCAAUGGGAACCGCUGAUCGACCAGUGCCACCCAAACCUAGUCGCUCCCCUGCCCAGGAGCCUCCGCAGCAUGUCUCACCCCCUACCUUGUCCUCCCCUCCCAUUGAGCCCACAGAAAGCAUCUCCCCGCAGAGUCCUACAGAGGUGGAGGAAGCAGCUCCCCAGUCUUGGCUCCAUUCUAUGCAAAGCUCCACAGCUAGUUGCCAGAAACCAGAAACUGCAACACCCGAGGAGGAGACUGUGUCCUUGGGCAGCAGCAGUGGUGGCAGCAGCCUGCCUGACCAGGGUUACGCUGCCUCUGAAGGCAUGGCAGAGGGCGAGGACUCAGGCAUGGUCAGCUCUCCAUCUGACACCCAACCCACAUCCCCAGAUGGGAGUUUGUCUCUGGAUGGAAGUAAUGGAGGCGGAGCAGAGAGAACGCUGGGACCAGUGCGGGACAAUUCCAGUGACAGCGAUGAGGGAUGUGCCACCUGGGGAUCAAGACACAGGCAUGAUGACAUUAGCCUACAGGCAAAGUCAGGCAGGUUAAAAGACAGCUAUGAAGAUGACCCAGAGCUCACAGCCCAGCUCCAUCAGACUUUGGCAGACUUUGAAGCAGACCUUGCAGAUCACAUAGAUAUAGUCUCAGUGAAGGAGACAACCUAUACCAUGUCCACAAACAGUAAUGAUGUGCCGGUGUCUGUAGUGGACAUGGAUGUGCCAGUCACAGCCAUAGAUGAAGUACUGGAGGAAUAUGAGCGACACACUGUAGAACAUGAGACAAAGUCAGUGACCAGGACUGAGUCAGCUGGCAGCAAAGGUCCAGGCUUUUGUCGCCAGUCCAGUUUGGAGCCACAGAACAAAAACAACAAUGCUUGUACAGCUGCUGACAGUAAUAAAAGCAGCAGUACAAAGACUAAGUCUCAGCCUGAGCAGCAUAGGAUGUCGCAGGAAAACAAGUCUAUAAGUGAUAAAAAGGAUAACAAGAUGCUAGAGACAAAAAUCAAAGGAAAGAGUGUCACUGAUACCGACAGUGUGAAAGAGGAUAAACAAAAAACAACAUCAGCAGUGAAAUCUAAUGUUGACAUGCAGAAACGCAGCAAGAGCACUGAGAUCAAACCUGAUCCUGUAAAAAGUAACACUCAGUCUUUUCAAGAGAAGAAGUCUGUUCUUCCACCAAACAGUCAAAGAUCUGUGUCUUCGGAAAGAGAUGAAGAGUUGCACAGAGUUUACCAGAAUAACUCCAGCCAGAAUGCUUCACAUGGUAAAAUCACUUGUAACGUCACAUCACGCUUCGGUAUGAAAACUUUCACUGUGGUCCCUCCCAAACCCUCUGUCGCUCAUGCUGCUACGGAAGAACCAGCUGUCAAAUUAACUAUCGGUGCCAUUAAGAUUGAUGAUCAAGGAAACAUGGUGAAAGGGGGUAUCUCCCAGAAUAAAAUUGGUGGUUCAUCAGAGCCUGGAAUUAAAUCCAGUGAGGGGUCUCCUCUUCUUGGAAAGGCCAAAGCUUUUUGGAGCUCAAAUGAGAGACAAGAAAGUUCUGUGCCCCAAAGCAAAGAUCUCGUUGAUAAGGCUAAAGAGAGCACAGAUGGCCUGAAAAGUACUCACACUGCAAUCUCAAUAACUGCUUUGAAGAUCAGUGACACUGAGGACCUGAAAGCGACACAACCUUCCUUUUAUAAACAUGCAGAGAGAGCCCAGCCUAAAGAGAUGGUCAAAGAAGAAGUUAAAGAACCAGCGAAAGUCAUCAACGUUGCAAAAGAAGAGCGGGUGGAGGUGGAGAGCAAAAUUUCCGUGUCCAAAAACAUUCAACAGCCAAGUAAUAAACCUGCCCUUCCUCCUCCUAUUCUUCCAGACCUGAAAAGAGACCUGUCCUUCCUCAAACCAUCCAGGCGAACCUCAAGCCAAUACGUGGCGUCUGCCAUCAAUAAAUAUGCCCCAAAGACCUCAGCUAAACCCAACUUCAUCCCAAAUGUGCAUGACUCCCCUGCUUCGUUCGGUUUCCAGAGAUCAGGUCGGUCCAUAAAAGUGAAUCCACACCAAUCUUCCCUGUCGUCUUUGUCAGAUAAUAAGGAGAAUGACUCUGCUUCUAAAUCCAACCCGCCUGGUCCUAAGAGGUCUAUGAGCUUCCCAGAGUAUGUCUCGGAUAUCCAGAGAAAUUUUGGAGAAGCGAGACCGGACAGGGGAGGAUUUGGAAGUUGUGCUGGAUCCACCAAAGGAAGCCCUAAUACACUGGAAACAGAGACAGCCAAGAAUAAGCACAUUCACUCAAAUGGUCCCACCCAAAAAAAUGUGAUCGCCAAUAAUGACAGCGAUCAUAUUCAACAUAUUCGGCUCAGAAGCCCCAGCCCUGUACAAAGCAAUCCUCUACACUCAUCUGCCAAACCACCCACAGCCCCCAAGGCUGUAUCCCAAGGGCUGACAAGUAACCCGAAGGAGGUGACCAAGGCAGCCACCCAUGUAACACCUGAUGCAAAACCACAACCUUCUGUCACAGUGUCAGACAGUGUUGUCACCCCUGAGCCUACGCCGGUGACACUGUUUGGGCCAGUUAAAAAGUUCAGACCAGUGAUCUCUAGAUCUGUUGAGAAAGACACAUCUCUGCACAGCAACCUGAUGGAGGCAAUCCAGACAGGUGGAGGCAGGGACAGGCUCAAGAAGAUAACCACUCCUGGUCCCAGCACCAUGAAGAAAGCAUCUUAUGUUGAGGAAGAGAAUGAGAGAUCUGCUCUUCUGGCUGCCAUUAGAGCCCAGAGCAGCUGCGGAAGGCUGAGGAAGACCAAAUCUGAGGCUGCUGAUGAGCUUGAGAAGUUCAGGAAGGUGUCUUUGGGGGAGGAGAAAUGUGCAGGCCCUCCCUCCUCUCCCUCUCCCUCUUUGACUUGCACUUCACCUCCUGUCUUUACCCAACAACCACCACCACCACCACCACCACAGCCACCAGCACCCACGAUUGCACCUCCACCUCCUCCCCCUGCCUUGCCCCAGGGAAAGCCUAGCGCUGUGGCAUAUCCAAGUGCUAACACCCCCGUGAACCCUGCCUUGGCCAGGGAGGCUAUGCUGGAGGCCAUUCGCUCUGGAUCUGCUGCUGAGAGGCUAAAAAAGGUCGCUGUGCCCACAAAGACAGUCCAAGUGAAUGGCAGACUGGGAACAAUCCAAGCAACCUCCUCAACACUCCCUCAGCAGUAGGAGGGGAAGCCUACAUGACAGCACCGAGGAAUACAUUUAUUAUCUUUAUCAUUAAUUAAUUUCUUUUGUUUUUUGCCAUUGUGCUUUUGCAGCAGACAUAUGGAGAACUGGAUUGAGUCACAUUUUGAGUGAAUGCUAUCUGGAAGUUUUGGGGAACUUAAUCUGAUGUGUGACACAAAUUCGGAAGAAGAAAAUGCGUAUAAAGAAUGAUUUCUACAUGCCAUUUAGAUAAACAAUAAGGGGAAUGUGGCUCUCUUAGUAGCCAAAAACCUUUCUCAUAUAGGUGUGACAAGUGAAAGGUUUGCAGUUAACUCCACUCAUAAUAUCAGAUCUAGCUCCUAACAACAACUUGCUGGAAAAGGUUUAUGUGCAUCUAUAUAACAUAUUCCAUUCCUAAACAUAUCUUGCCAUCUGUACUUGAAUUCAGUAGUUUUAACUGGAACGUUGUACAAAAAGUGUGCCAAUGAAAGCAAAUUUAAAUGGUUUAUGAUUUUCUGAUCAGAUUUUUUUUUUUUUUACCACAGUUAAGUUAUGGAUGCCUUAUACUGUUGCUCAGUCAGUGUUAUGUAUAUGAUGUUUGCUGUAUAAAUUCUAUACGGGGUGCAAUAAGUUGGAUCUGAUAAUGUUUCCAGAUUUACUACUACUUAAUAUUUGCUUAACAAAUUAAGAUAACUAAAAGCAUAAGAAAAUAAUAGAUAGAUUGUUUGAUUUUUUUUGUGUGUGUGUAAAAGUGUAUUUUAAUCCAGAGCUGGUCCAUAAUGCCAACUUCCACAGUUCUUGGGUCUGAGGAGAAGUAAGAUGUCGGUGACUGACUCGUGCCUUUCAGCUCAGUAUACUCCUGUUUUAGCUUCUAACCUUUAUUUGUGCUGCUAAAAUCUAAAGACAUUGUUGCACAUGGUCGGUGCCCUACAGAAACUUGUACAGUAGCAAUAUGACGGACUGUGCCUUUGAUGUUCGAUAGAGAAAUUAAGAUGAACCUUACCUUUCCUUGACAGUUCAACAUUUUUGAAGCACUGUUAUUGAAGUAUAUCAAUAGUGGAUGUUGUGAGCAAAGAGAUUAGUUAACUAAUCAGCAAGUCACUACCAGUAUGUAAUGGCAGAAAGCAGUGGGCAGAAAGCAGUGGGAAAGCAGUGGGAAAACUGUAGGUGAAGUUUACAGUGUGGUUUAAAAGGGAGAAUGGACCAUUAAAUGGUAUCGUCAUGGAUAAAGGAGGGUGUCCACACUGUAUCAUCUGUAGAAUGAAGAAAAACCUAGAGCAUACUAUCAGGUGUAAAUGCUUGCUGCUGUGGAUUGUGAGAUAAAUCUGAGUAAAGGGAGUUCUAGUUUUAUAUAGAUUUAUUUUAAUUCAUGCUCAGUUAAAACUAUUUUUACUGUUGUAUGUUUUACCUUAAGAGCAUCUGUUUUUUUUUCUCUGAAUAGAAGAGAUUAUUUCAUUUCUGCUAGAUGGCUUCAUCUACACGCAGUAGCCUAAAGCACAUUGUAGAGUUGUAUAUUUUGUAAAGUAAAGAGAGGUCAUCGCUGUGAAAGAUUUGAUUUAAGAGAGCUAUUAGUGUGAACAUUUUAUAAGCUAUUGCUUUUUAAGUUUUAAGUGCACAUUGUUUUGUUUUUUUUGUUUUGUUUUUUUGGGGAGGUUGCACAGUUAUUUUUGUCUACCCUAAUUUUUGAUUCAAUAAAUCAUUUUGC